AUGUUUACCGGCCUCGUUGAGACAAUUGGAACCGUCACGGCCCUGGAGCCCCUCGAUACCUCGUCGAGCGGGGGCGGGGGAACGUCACUGACGAUCUCCGACUGCGAGGAAAUCCUUGGAGACGCGCACUUGGGCGACAGCAUCAGCGUCAAUGGAACCUGCCUCACCGUGACCGAGUUCGACAAGACCUGGUUCAAGGUCGGAGUUGCGCCGGAGACACUCCGCCGCACAAAUCUCGGAUCUCUGCUGGCUGGAUCAUGUGUUAACCUUGAGCGUGCUGUCGCAGCCGAUACACGGAUGGGUGGACAUUUUGUGCAGGGUCAUGUUGAUACCGUUGCGAAGAUUCUUUCCGUCACACCUGAUGGCAAUGCCUUGACGUUCCGCCUGCAGCCGCGGGAGCGGAAUAUUCUGCGCUAUGUCGUCGAGAAGGGAUAUGUUACUCUGGAUGGUGCCAGUUUGACUGUGACUAAGGUCGUCGAUGGUGAGGAUGGCUACUGGGAGGUUAUGCUUAUUGCCUACACCCAGGAGAAGGUCGUCACGGCUGCGAAGAAGCCUGGCGAUGAGGUCAAUGUUGAGAUUGACAUUGUUGGGAAAUAUGUCGAGAAGAGUGUCCAAGGUUACUUUGCGGGUACCGCUGGAGGAGACUUCGCUAUUCUUGAGAAGAUGGUGGCUCGCAUCGUCGAUGAGAAGCUUAAGAAAUAA